AAAACUCAAAAUCUGGCGUGGCCGUGGAGACAUUCCUGGCCCCAGUAAUUCUAUCAACCAUGCGACGGAAGGAUAGUGUAUAGAGUCAAUUAGCUCAGGGAUCCGUCAAACAUAAAAGAGGGGAAACGAGAUCCAAUCGCGACGCUUGCAGCGGUUACCUGCGCGACCUCGUCGACGUCAUUCGGGCCGAACGGAGAAAAAUCGCGCCAAGCAAGCAGGAGAGCAACGACUUCGCACUACCGACUCUUCCAGCCUUAUCGCCGUCAUCCAUUUCUUGGAUCCUCUCCCCUCCCAAGACAAAUCUUAUUUAAUUUUAUUCGAGACACUGCUGCGCUCCCCACAACCUCUUUCUUGACCUCCCUUCCCCCCUCAUUUCUGCGCGUGGGCGCGUGUUGCUUCUUGAGGUUCGAUUCGAGCUAAAACAAGCCCCCGUCAAUUCCGAGACAUUCCCCCCAAACCACCACCUCGGACCCCUCUCCAUGGCAUUCAAGGCGACCGUUACUAGUGUCUCUUGGUUCUUAUAGACACCCUCGCACUAUCAUCGCCAACGGCCUCCGGUUCCGACCGGUGAUCGUGGAUGAUGCGCCCGGCGCUGGAUAAACAGGGCGCGCUCCCUCUCCUGGCAUUGAUCGUCUUCUCAUUGUUGACUCUCGUGCCGUCGCUGUCGAGUAUCUACAAUAUCAAGUUCGCGGACUUUAGUUACUUUACUGGCGGAGUUCGCAAGCUUCCCCUGAUUCAAGAUGGCGCCGCUGCAUUCCCACCGGACACGCCUUCCAUGGACCCUCAAAAACCGUGGGUGAUGACUGCGCAGUAUCGCACGCGUGGAAAUCGCAUACCGCGCUCCUCACGAUCCAAUGGUGCAUCGACAGUCCCGGGCGAAGUGACCCCUGUCGAGAACAAAAGUCGACUCUCCUAUACCUCUCCCGAAUCAUCAUCAUUCAUGUUCGGUCGACGCGCGCGCGCAUUUCGAACAUACUUUAUACAGCAAUUAGACGACUAUCAACUAUUCACCUCCUUCUCCAAUCGGAGUCUCCCCGCCGCUCCCACGAUCCCCAACCUCCCUCUCACGCCCUCUAAUGCCUCUCCUCUACCUACCUCAACUGACAAUGACCGCUCCGAACCCGCGCCUUACCUAAAUAAUAACUCAUCACCUCCAUAUACGUCUUCCAGGGAGGACACCGGACUGCAAACUCCGACCUUGUGCAGCAAUUGGCAGCAGGCCUGCCGCAGGGCGACUGACCUCUGGGAACACGCCAAGCGUACUGCAUCUAUCGUCUGGGUGCAACCUCUAAUUCAGCUAGGAUCCCAAUACCUGGAACCAACUCCCACAUCACAAAACGCAACCGGCGAGCAAUUGUCAACAUUACCCCGUUCUGCAAAAGACGGGCCGCCUGCGAGUAAUGGCGGUCCGGGCGUUACGGGCCAAACACAAAAGCUACACGCAGCGCCGAGUGAUCAGCCCACGGAUGCCGCUGGGCAUACGGCAGAACUGCGGGGCAGCUGCAUGGCUAUAGUCAUUGGCCUAGUAGCAGGGAUCAUGUGGUUCUAAGCCAGGUGCAAUUUUUGGUCCACUACUUCAAGUCAAGGUCACAUGAUUUGUUGGUCAACGGGUGGCAUGUCAAGUUUUACAUGUACAAACUUCUUCCCGCUUGGUGGUGAAUGGCGUUUCUGUUCUUGGAAGUCUGGAUCGCCGGUUUAGUACUCAUGCUGGUGCUAUGACGAGUAUGCUCUUAGGUCUAUCAGCUCGAAACAUGGUUGGACUUUGGAUGGAUGGCUCUGGUUUAGCCUCCAGCGGAUCUUAAUAAUGAUAUCUACAUCUACUUACAUAUAACUUUCAUGCAGAAGAGAAACACCUGGUUUCUUGUCCUACUACAUAGUGGUCACGCGUUAGUCGGUACUAUUGAUACAUGACAGACAGUGUUAGAUUACGAUUACGAUGGUGUAUACUGAG